AUCCACAGUUGAAGCCAGCAGUAUAUCAAGACGACACGGUAACACAAGCUCAUGCCCUGAAAUGGAGUCUACUCUUGACCUCCUCUUCGACUCAUCCUCAUUGAUCCCGUCCGAAAUCAAAUCGGAGUAUCCUGCGGGGUACACAGUACGCCCCCUUGCACGAGAUGAUUACCAUCGUGGAUUCUUCGAAUGUCUUAAAGAUUUGACUUGGACCGGAGAUAUAAGCGAGAACGACUACCAUGAACGCUUUGACUGGCAAAAGGAGAAUGGCAAGGGUUGGUACUACUGCGUGGUCAUCGUUGAUGAUGCCGCAGAUCGCAUCGUUGGAACGGGGACUGUUGUUAUUGAGAAGAAAUUCAUCCAUAACCUCAGCAUCACCGGACACAUUGAAGAUGUCUCAAUAGCCAAGGAUCACCAAGGGAAACACUUUGGUCAGAGACUUUUGAAAUCAUUAAAUGCCAUCGCCCUUAAUGCCGGCUGCGUCAAGGCGAUACUGAACUGCGCGCCUCAUAAUGAAGGUUUCUAUGCGAAGUGUGGUUACGAGAAGGCUGGGACGGAAAUGUCGUGUCACUUUGAGAAGUUCCGCGAGUACUGGUAACUUUUGUAUACAAGGCGAAUGGAUGAUGAUACAUAUUAAGUGACUCUAAGAUCUGGCGGUAAUGAAAGUGAAAUGUUAUGGAUGG